UCGUUGCGUUGGUGGAGCUGAUCAGAUCUGCGCUUCGGCCUCUUGCUGUGGUUCCUCGCGCCACUUCAAAUGUACGGGACUGCCGUGUCAGUCGGGCUGCUCGGCGGAAGGCUUGCUUCAGCUGGUUACACAGAACAGCCCGGCGGAGAGGACGACGUCACCGACCUCACUUCUGUACAAGGAAACGGUGAGGAGGAGGAGGAGGAGGAGGACGGCCAGAAUGCUGAGGCACAGGAAGAUAAUUCCGGGGACAGCGGUAUCGCCGCGAGGCGGCCUGCCACGGGAGCGGCCGGUUCGGUCACCGGACAGGGUGCAGGAAAUACACCGGUGUCGAAGGCCUCCAGUGCCAAGGGACGUCGCCGCAGCAGCAGCAGGAACGACGCGGACGUGCGAGGAGCUUCAUCGGGUGAUGAUGCGUCUGGCGGCCGGUCGACGCCCACAGGAAACAGGGGGAAGCGUACAACCGCUAACAAGACCCCGGCGUCAUCGAAUACCCGCAAGACAAGGCACGCGAAGGAGGCCGAGGAGCAGGAGAAGUUGAAGACGUCCGUCAUGCAGUUCAAGGCGGUGAAGCAGGGAAUUUCGGACUGCUUCACUGCCCCGGAGUUCCUGCAAAAAUUGGUAGGUGCGCUCGCUCCGCAUGCGACGGACGGGGCGGCCAAGAGGGCGAUCGCGAGCGCCCUCGCGAAGGAGUCGACCGCUUGGACGGAUAGCGCCAAGACUAAGGGUGCCGCUGCUGAACAAGCUAUUAUCACCAACCUCCUUACUCCGAAGGUCACGGCAGCAUGCAAGUCGUUAGAUACCUCUGUGGAAGCCGCUACCAAGGUACUCCAGGAGAAGCCCGAGGUUGCCCCUGCGCGAGGCUCGAGAGGGCCUUCGGUAUCCGAAUUGAAGGCAGCUGCCAAGUCAGGCGCGAAUCUUAACUUCCGCGAAGGAUGAGAUAGCCAAGGUGCAGACUGACGUCUCCAA